GACGUGUGAAGGUGAUCGAUCAAUCGUUCAUGGCCACCGGCGUGAGGCUUUUGCAUGUCAUAAAUGGCGUGGGUAGCCAUGCAGGGUGGUGUCUCCGAUGCUGUAUGUGUACCCAGCUCAUGAGAGAGUGACAAGCGUGUCCGCUGACUGAUAAAACAGACCAGCCCCAUUCACCCACCGACAAAGUGACUAACAGGUGUGGUUGAAAAAGUGACAAACCACUAAGAAAACACCACCAUGCAUCUAUCUAUCUAUGUGUCUCCCUCGCCGCCACCCGCAUCUCAAGAAGCGAGUAUGCUGGCUACCUCGUGGUAGGCUCUCUUGGGCUUGUAGUCGCGCGUGAACAGCAGAGGGUGGUCGCCGCUGAUCAACAGAAGCCAGCGACACAAUGCACGGUUGCGAGGUGAAUGUUCAACGCUCGAUUCAUCCUCACCGCAGCCAUGUCGCUCUGUCGGUGAAGCCCCACAGGACGAAGCCCACACAAUUGGGCUCCUCCAGGCAAAUCUUCAGCAGAGAGCCGUACACCAUCGCCUGACAGACAGAGACACACCACAGGGGUGCAACGAAUGUCCCCUCCCGUCUUGCUGUCAGUUCACCUGAAUGUACUGUAACUCUGGGGUGAAGGUCGCGCACGGCGCCCACUUCCCGUCCUCCCAGGAGCCACAGGGCACAUCAACUUCGGUGAAGCACACCUCCACACCUAUUGCAGCAUACCUGAAUGGGCAUUACCCACACAUACACACACACUUUGGCUACAGAGUGGUGUGGGCCAAUGUGGAUUACCUCCGUAUGUUCUCUCGGACGCCGUCAAAGUCAGCAAAGGCUGUGGUGAUGUGCGUCUGGAAUCCGACGCCAUGCACAGUGAAUGAUCGCUGCAGAAGCCCCAAUAUCAUGCCGUAAACAGCAGCGCUCUGAGACAAGAAAGAGACGGACGGCAGAUACGUGCGGUGCUCAUUCAUAUGUCUCAUCUUGCCUUUCUGCCUCGGCGCGAAUGGGGUGUGGCUGUGAGGAUACUGUAGUCGUUGUAGUACAUGCGGGCCUUGUUUCCGGGCCGCGCCUUCUGCACCAUGGCUGCUGUGCGGAAGGAUAUCUCCACCCAAUCUGGGACUUUCGACAGCCAGCUCUGCCGCCACUUGGGGUUGCUGACUGGAUCUGCGGUGGGCUGAUCAUCAUCCACAGCUGCAGACAGACACACAGAAGGGGCCAAAGGGGUGUGCGGCGGCAUGUCUCGUUCUUGCCUUCGUUGGCCACGUCAAAAUGAAGCAUGUGCGGCAUGUCGAUAUAAUGCUCCAUCACCCCCUCCACCUAAUGGGCAAAGGAUGAUUGCAGAAAGUACCUUUCGAUUGGCAUGAUGCGCUUCUUGCCUGCUUGAUGAUGAUGUCUCGAAGUUCCUCCUUUUUGGUCUUGAAGAUCCAUCCAGGGACCCCGGAGUACCUGCGCACAUGGAACGACAAAAAAAAAGUGGGCUCUUCUUUGUGCAGCGCCCUCUUAUGUCUCACCAGACAGCAGCGUGGAAUCGCAUCAUUUGCCCGUUGGUCUUGGCGAGGUCCGCCAUCUUGUCGCAAGAUGCGAAGUUAAACUUGGUGGCAGUGGGACGGAUCCACGACAUCUUGCACUCGUUCUCGGCAACUAACGAAUUGAACCUGAUGUGUAAGCAGGCAGAUUAGAGGAGUAAGGGCAUCACUUGUCGCUGGCUUACUCUCUCGCAAGGACGUCUCUGUAAGUUUGGCCACCGACGAACCAGUUUGAAGCGGCUGCACCGAUGUAGAGCUUCUUCUUGUCAGCCAGUGCGCGCAAUGAGCCUGCAGGAGAGUCCAGAGAUACGCCAUCGGAACGCUCUGUUUUGAGGUACCUGCCUCGCCCUGCACAGAGGGCGCUGCGAAGCCACGCAGUCUGAAGUCGACUGAAGAAGUGGGUGCGUAUACACGGCCUGAUGAUGACAAAACAGACAGAGUAUGUGUGGACCAGCCACUUUGCUAUCCGUCGGCUGGCUUACGGUCGAAAUGGCAGGGCGGUCUCAUGGUGUCUUCGCAGGUCUUGGUGAAGUCAGUGACGAUCUUGUCUCCACAGCAGUUGGGCCGUCCGCCUGGACGAUUCUCGCAUCCGACGCCCCCACAUGUGCCACAGUAUGCCGGGCAACACGCAUCAUUGGCACUGCACAGACCAUCCCAUAAUGGCAGCUUUGUGUAGUGUGUCUAAUCAUCUCCUUACGCGUCAUAUGUUCCGCCGAGCUGUCUGGUGCAGAAGGACGCGUGGCUCGUGACAGGGUAUGUGAGAAGAAGGCUGGGAGUCAGGUUGCACGGCGCCGUGUGCAGCCCGCACUGACGAUCUGUCUUCUUGAUGGCGUUGGCGCAGCAGUUCUGAGGCCCAACUGACAAAAGAAACGAGGCCUGAGACAUGGAGCAAUCCAUCCCUGUGCUUUACGUGGCAGUUUGUGGCAUUCGGCGCCGCCGCAUCGAGUGCAUUCCUUCGGGCAGCACACAGGGCCGUUGUCGUUCCAGUAGCCGUUCACCUUGUCGCACAGAAAGUGGCCCUCACUCUCACUCAGCGGAGACAUAUCUGUGCAGACAUUGUGGGGUAUAUGAUGGGGAAUUUUUUGAUGGUCUCACGUACCCUCAGCGCAGUACUUAGGCCCCGACACGACGGGCCCUGGCACAGCGGUCUUGCCGCCAGCUGCUGCGGCUCCCUUGAGAAGGCAGUUGGCGGGCGGCCAGGUGAAUGCCUGCCAAGACCAAAAGUAGCACUCCGGCUCUGCCUGACAAUGCCUCUGGCACUGCUGGGGAGAGACACUCUGGGGCACUGCAUAGAUGUCGCUGCCUUUGUACUCGGUCCUCUCGUGAAAGCAACCUGGCGACACAAAAUGGUGAUGUGGCCAUGUUUUCCGCGUCCUGUGUGUAUUUGUGUGCUGACCAGCAGCUUGUCCGCAUAGCAAGUCGCCCGAUAUGGUUGCUCCAGGAGACCACUUUCGCUCGCCAGGCAUCCAAGACUGCAACGCCAUCCAGGGUCUGCUGAAAAGCUGUGUGCGCUUGGGUAACUUACCUUGAGGUAGCACUCAUUUGUUUUCGUCUGAAAGGAGUAGAACUUGCACAUGGCCGUGCGGUGACAGGCCAGGUGACACAUCUCGGCAGAGGAAACCUCAAGCGGCUUCGGCUGGAGGUCGUUGCCGGGGUAGUCAAAGUUUCCCUUCCAGCAGGCUGACAAAAUGACCAAGAAGACAAUGAGAGACAUGCUGCGAUCUGGAUAUUUCUCCUAUGUGCACCUUCGGAGCACUGCCCAGGGCCGGACACGGCAUUGUGUUCCGUGUGGUAGAAUGGGAAUGUCCUGACGAUGUCCGACUUGUACAGGAGGCACUGCAGUGGCCCCAACAGGUAGCUGAACCGGCGACACUCAGAGUCCAUCGCACACUCCUGAACGGAGACAUUGUGAAUACGCCCAGAAUUAAAUGCAUGAAUAGCUGUCCUCACCUGUUGGCACUCUGCGGCCGAGUGUAUGCCUUUGAUCUCUCUGAUAAAGGGCCCCUCAUAUUUGGUGUAGGGCUCGUAGCAAUCUGAUGGAAGAGAGAGACAGAAACAGCGUCAGAGGCGUGUGAGAAAGAAACCUUCCAUGGAAUGUACCAUAUAGACAUCUCUUUGGUCCAGAAAUGGCACUGGUGUCAUUUGUGCGACCAGUCAUCGUCCGCAUCAGCACACAAUCGCCCCUCGCCUUGAGAUAUGUGAAGAACUUGCAACCGCUGGAAGCGCUGCACAGCGCCUGGCAUGCUGGUGCCGAACCGACGUUUGUUGAUGUCGCCAUUGUAUCGCCCUUGUAGCUGUAGUCGUACUCCGCACAGUGGGGCACUUUCUGUGAGAAAAAGGACGGAGAGGAGUGCAAGCAUGCCUGCUUGGAGUAUGGAGCGCUUCCCUCACCUCGAAGGCCAUGUCGCUUGUGAUCGUCUGAAUAGAAGACAGGCCUCGUAGCGGCAGAACACCGUACGCUUCAGCCCCCUACGCGACACAUAUUGAUUCGCUGCUCGUCUAUAUACAGGGCAUUGCAGCUGGGCACUCUCACCGUGUUGUCUGUGAGCUUCAGUAAGUAUCCCGGCCGCCACUUGUUGUUGGGCCAUGAAACCGAGGCAAGAGAGCUCACAUUCACCUGACAGAGAUAACGAGCCAUGCAGCUCUCUCAGCUUUGAAAAGCUGUGUGUGUCAUACCGUGAACGCCCCGAGCUCCUUGUACGUGUCGACGAACGCCUUGCUGUCCUUGUGCCAGAUGGACAUCUUCACGAUACCCACUGGGGAGUUGGACACUUGCAGCUGACAGACACCAGGAUACCGUGUCUCCUCGGUCUCACUGCGUGUUCUCCUUUAUGUCUCUCACCGCCAGCCAGUAGGCCGUGCUAUCGGCAGUGAAUGUGAAUUUGAGAGUCGUCCCCGUAUGAGCGAGACCUCUGCAGACAUUCGAUUGCAAUCGAACACAUCAUCGUCAGCAAGCGGUUUUCUCUGCAUCCCUCCUUACAGCUCUCGCACGGUGGCGAUAUCAGAGGCGUUCUUGUCUGUUGCGUCCGCAUCAGCCAGAGGAGAGACACUUGCGGCAGAGGGACACGGGAUUGCAUGCCAUCGUAUCUGCGCAGAAGAGAGAAACAGGAAAUAUGCUUGAAGAAUCAAGUGUCGUCCUUCGAACCUCUGCAGUGUCGUUGAGCCCCAGAUUGGCAUCCACUCGGAGGUCCCCAUCAGCACAUUCAUGGCAGCUGCACACAUGAACCAUGCAAUGUAAUCCUUCAGCGAGCAUCGUGUUUCUUGGUUGCUCACAGGUCAACGACAAGGGCGCGGAAUGUCUUGACAGGUAAGUGGCCGCCCGCAGCCGAGAGGAGCUCAACCUGUGCACAACAAAUCACAGGAGCGAGGUACAAGACGAUGAAUGACUCUGCAUUCUCACCUCAAGGCAGGUGCCGCAGGCUUCGAGGCCACCAUGGACAUCAAAGAAAACGGGACUGGCAGCAGCAAGCGUGUCGAUACCGUCACUUCCAGUGGCCGUCAGGGGAGAGCACAUGCCUGGCCGGUCCUCACUGAUGGUGAGAUCUGGCAGUGCCCUCCCUGACACGAGCAUCCACGAGCAAUGAAUGGGUGAAGAGCCAAUGCAUGCGCGCAAGGGCAUCCAGGUGAUAUGCUUACCAUGCAAGUUGUCCUCGUAUCCAUGUAUUCCCGUGCACAAGCUCACUACGGAGAGAAAAAGCGCCACAAACGUCGACAUCCAAGGAGACAU